GUGAUAUUGAAGGAUGUGGCUUUAGCUGAGACCUCAUUACCACCCACGCAGGUAACAUAUCUGGUCUUCCUUCUAUCUGGGUUUCAGUGAUUGUGUAACCAUUAAAGGACAAUCCCAAUUCUUGUGAAAAGAUAUGAAACAUUUGUUUCUUGAACCAAGCAUCGAUAUACUUUCAGAAAAGAUGGCACGUGUUGAUUUGGAUGGGACUACACCAGAGAUCAGCACCCUCACAGAGGAAGGCAACAUAAUUUCUCCAAGUGUUCGUGGCAAGACCUACAGUCUUGAAGUCAAACCUGGCCAGCUUUGCUGCUGUUCGAAGACGGGGAUUAAAUUCCAGGUGAAAUCUCCGGUCACAAUUGAAUAUGAGCUGGAAUAUGGCAAAGACUACAUGAAACAAAUCAAAGACAGCGGCUAUAAACUCGUUGGUCCUCUUUUCAACAUCACCGUCGAGCCUGAUGUGGUGUCCACUGUGCACCUGCCACAUUAUUUGUAUUUAGAAGGUCUCGGUAGGGACAAAACCAGCAUUAAAUAUGGGCACUUUAAAGAUGAAAAGGUACAUUUUAAAACCCCAACAAGCAUCAAUUCAUCUUACAUUGUGUUGAAGAAUCCCACUUUCUCACGUGUCGGAGCUAUGAUUCGUUCAACGUUCUUUUUGACACUGAGGAAGAGAUCCAUUCAAAUUGAAGGGAAGGUUGUUCUAUACUUCCGUAUAAUGAGUCCACACAAUGAAGAAAUCAAAGAAUAUCGGACUCAUUUGUAUCUGGUGCCUUGCAAAAAUCCUGACCUACAGAAACUCGAUGAAAAAAAGGAAAAAAGUGGAUUUAAUAAGAUUGAUAAACCUACCAGCACCAUAUUAAUUGCUGGGGAAACCUACAACGUGAAUGUUGAAGGACCAAACACCAGUGUUAUACCUGAGUCUUUGAAGUUUAAAAUGAACAAUCCUAUCAACGAUCUGCCGUUUGCGGAAAUCAAUGUGGGAGGAAGUGCGAAAUCAAUUUCUCUAAAGUUGGCUACAGCCGAGAAGUCUGUAUGGACGGGGGCACUGACAAGAGCCGACCUGGAAGACCUGUCAGUGAUGGUGAAACCUAUAAAGCAGACCGAUGAGUCUGGCGACCAUUUUGUGAUGAAGCACAGAGCAGCACUGAUACAAAGAAUCAUUUCUAUUAAAUCAGUCGUAGAUGAGCUGUACAAGGAAAAGAUUUUAGCACAUGAAGAAUACGAUACAGUAUGCAGCGCACCAACCCCACAGGACAAGAUGAGAACGAUCUACGAUUCCGUGAGUCGCUUGGGAAAGAAAGAAAUGGAUUUCUUCCAUGAGGUCCUCAAGAAACACAAUCCCGGGGUCAUAAAGGAUCUGGAGGCUAAACGAUAAACACAUUAUGUAGAAUUAUACGAAAUUGGCCAUCUUUGGGGAAGGAAUUAUAUAAUCACCUUUUUAAUCGUCUAUUACCGUAUAUACUCGAGUAUAAGACGACCCGAAUAUAAGCGGAGGCACCUAAUUUUACCACAAAAAA